AUGCUUCUCUCAAUCCCUCUAUCCAAGCAUGUAGCAGCCCCCCUCCGAUCCCUCCGCAUUUCGGCAUGCACGCGUGCCUUCUCUUCCUCUGUACCACGUCCACGCCGGCAGCUUAUCUUCUCCGGCCACACCACCAACGAUGACCGUGUAGAUGUAUUCGACAGAUCUCCCUUUUACUUCGACACGGGCUACGCUAUCUUCGCUAAACGGCCCUCCCGACCCUUUCCUCCGCCUUUCCUCUCAACUCCCAGUCACUCUUUCUCAGACCCUUUGACGACGCAUCAGGCUGCGAGAGCGAGGAAACCACAUGAUGAUGAGGGGCACGUCAUUGCAGGCAUCACCAAUGGGGAUGAUGCUGCCAUUAUUGGCGGCCGGAACUUCCUGGCUGUGGGCGACGGUGUUGGAGCUUGGGCGCAAAAGGAGCGGGGCCAUGCCGCUCUAUGGUCCCGCUUGAUCACCCACCAUUGGAUGGAAGAGGCCGAGAAGAUCUAUAAAGAGUCACCGGACCAGGACCUGGAAGUGGGUCAGCUUGAUAUGGUGGCAUGCCUGCAGCGGGCUUUCGAGCACACUAAGAAGAGCACCAGCCCAAGCGAGGGCAACGAGAUUCUGGGCACCACAACCGCGAGUGGGGCCCUCUUGCAUCAUGACGAGCAGGGCUACCCGUCUGUGCUGUGCACUACGCUCGGAGACAGCAUGGUGUACGUGAUGCGACCAGACCGUGGUGCUGGCGGUGAUGCGGGCGCUGAGGAGGGCCCCGCCGGUGAGCUUCUCUACAAAACCACGGAGCAAUGGCACUGGUUCGACUGUCCUCGACAGCUCGGCACCAACAGUCCUGACACGCCAGACGGGAAUGCUGUGAUGGACCAGGUCAGCCUAGAGGAAGGCGACGUCGUCGUCGUUGUGAGUGACGGCGUUUCAGACAAUCUGUUCGAGAACGAGAUUAUCGAAAAAGUAUGUGGUUGUGUGAAGAGCUGGGAGCAAGGCGCGUCCGAGGCCAACGAAGGAAUGCUGUUUGUUGCUCGCGAGCUCAUGAAUGCCGCAAGAGCAAUCGCCCAGGAUCCCAAUGCCGAAAGUCCUUAUAUGGAGAAGGCCUUAGACGAGGGUAUCAGUGCCUUUGGUGGGAAGCUCGACGACAUCAGCGUUGUUGUCGGCAUUUGUAAGAGGAGAGAGAGCUAA